CACUUUGCAGUGCACUUUUCAAGUUACUUUGGAGAAAAGUUCAAGUUCUGCUUGUCAAUGAACGAAUUCUUCGAAGACCAAAGUGCCAAAAAGUGGAGGAGUUUAUCUCUCUCGACUAUAAUCUAUUCGUGAUGUGGCUAUGUUGUAGUUGAGGACUGCUCGUAUGCAGUCGUUGGUGAAUCCAGUCUCGUAAAAUCUCUACUUUCUUUCGAAAGUCACUGACAAUGGGUGCUGAGUUAGGAGUUCUUUCAGACUACUCAGUGUAUGAGCCCACCGUUGAGCAAGAUUCCACUCACUUUUUUUCAAUUCAGUCAGCGCAGCAUGAGGAUGGGAGGCCUGCCAGCGUGUUUAUUCACGAGGACGACGAGUCAGGGAGUAGGACGUUUGCAGAGAACGAAGUCAAGCUUCUUCGACGUCUGCGGCAUCCACACAUUGUCAAGUAUUUGAGUUCUAGUUCUCCAACAGCUGAGGGCCCAGUACAACUCGUGACUGAGUUUGUUCAGCCUCUCAACAGCAUUGAAGCUGAUCUUCAUUCUAUGGAAAUUGGUGUUGGUCUUCGUUGUAUUGUGCAAGCUCUUCAGUUUCUACAUGAAACGUGCCACAUCUCACACAACAAUGUCUGCCAUGACGCCGUGCUGGUUGCGGGCAGUGAUCGUACUUGGCGUCUUGCUGGCUUCGCUCUUGCUUCAAAGUUUGAGUCUACAAGUAAUUUGUACCUCAAGUCUAUAGCAGAGUUCCGAGAUCCUGACAGCAUCCCGCCAGAAGAUCGCGGUGAUGCUAGCACUUCAACGAAGGUUUCGUCGUGCCCGCAUGCAAGAGAUGCGUGGGGACUGGGCUCUCUUGUCCUGACGUUCGCCGACAAACUAAGCUCCUAUGGCGAACUAGAAGCAAGUCUGUCGGAAUCUCUGCUCCAUCCGGAUCCCGCGUGUCGACCUACGAUGAAAGACCACCUCUCAAGCAGUAUGUUCAGCAAUCAGCUAGUCAAAGUUCUACAGUUUGUCAAUGACAUCACCCUGAAGGAGUCGAAAGAGAAAUCUGCUUUUUUCAGGGGUCUUCCGAGGCGCUUGCAGCAAAUCCCAGCCAGCCUUGUUGCACAGUACCUAACCUCAAAGCUCCUCUCUCGCUUCGUACUCUUGGAACAGUCUGCCAGAGAGCAUGUUGUGCCCUGUCUCCUCGUGCCGCAGCCAAAUGAUGCAAGGAGAUCUAGCUCCAAGUCCGGGUCCAAUGCGACUGGUAUAUUUGGUGAAGUACUAUACAGGCAGCACAUAAUUCCUCUGCUGCUGAAGCUGUUCUCAGUGGAGGACAAGCAUGUACGCCUGGUGCUCCUGACCUACCUGCAUCACUACUUGCCAUUCCUGGACACGGCCAUGAUCAAGGACCGCGUACUGCCCCACGUCUUGAUUGGCCUGCACGAAGAUGAUGAUGAGAUUGUUGCGGCCACUUUCCACGCAUUGGGUGAUAUCGUGCCCGUUCUCGGUGCGUCCAUUGUUGUCGGUCUCAAGUCGGUGUCCAGGUUCUCAUCAAACACUCCACGCCCUUCAGGUGGGCCACAGCGGUUUGUCCAGCCUUCGCUGCGACCAUCGGUCUCCGUUGGAUCGCCCACGCCAUCAUCACCAUCCACUUCUCAUCACUCCUCGCCUCGUCAUGCGCAGGCGGAACGACCCUCUUGCAUCCGUGUGGAAGCAAAGAGCAGCCGUGGUUUGCAAGGUCAGAAGGAGAAGUCGCCCAAGUCACCGAAACAGGUGCACUUCUCCCCCGAGAAUGACUUUGCCACCACCGAGGACGCACUGCGCCAGUCGCCCACCUGGAACAAGAUGUCCAGGUCGGGCGGGUUUGCCGCGUCAGCCGCCAAUCACCUCAGCAAUGGGUUCACACCUGAAGCCGAUGCAGCACCACUGGACAGGGGACACAACAGUCCAAGAGACAGUAGUACCACGAGUCCUGUGUCUAAUCCCCCCAGAGCAAACCAUUCCCGAUCGUCUCAAGAGGAGUUCAGUAGAUGGAAUAACACGACCAGCCAGCAAAGCUCCAGCGGUACUAGUGCUCUUUACAAUGACGAUGAUGCUGAAGAUGAGCCCUGGGAAGACUUUGAUGACAUGAGUGAUGCUGACGAUGGCUGGGGUGCUACCGCCUCUGCUGCGCAUGAAGAUGGGACGGGCGGUGCGAUCCGUAGUGGUAGCAGUUACGACAUGGCUGCAAAGAGUGGUGGUGCUGGUGCUGGUGCUGGUGAUACUAAGGCUAGUGGUGGCGGGGACGACGACGGCUGGAAUGACAAUGCCCUGGGGGACAGCGAUGAUGAUUGGGACCUUGAUGAUGAUAUCAGUGAACCCCCCAGUACAAGUAGCAGCAGGGCUACAGCUGCUCGAGAGCCCAUCACUUCUGAUUGGUCUGUGCAGCAGAAAAAGCACUCUGCGUCUGCAGUUCCGGCUUCUGGAAAAUCUCCAGAGCUUGGUACGUCAAAGACCUCUAACAUUUUCUCCAAAUCUUCGCCAGGCCCAGCGUCCCCGUCUGCACCAUCGCCCACCCCCUCUCCUCCAAAGGCCCCAGCCGCCAAAGGUUUGAAGCUGAAAUCGAAACCCGCCUCACCUUCCUCAAAAUCGACCGCUGCUGCAGCGCCUAGGAGCAAACCCGUAGAGCCACCCGCUCCUCCGCCACCAGUAUCCGCCGAAGAUGAAUUACUUGCCAUGCUAGAGCCUGACAUCAAGUUUACAGCAAAGCCAGCGCAAUCCUCUGGCGCCACCGCCAGUGGCAUCAGCACCAGCCGAUCAAAGUCAACAGCGGUCUCAUCACCAGCAUCGUCCAGGUCUCCGCUGGCAUCCGUGCGUGCGUCAACCAGUGCUUCUCCUGUACCUACGGCCAUUGCCGCAUCACCUCCGGCCACAAGUGCUAUCAAUUUUGAGUACAACGCGGACGGCGAUGCAGAUGCAGAUACGGGGGGAUGGGGUGAUGAUGACUUUGAGGACUUCUAAUGCACGCAUUUCUGCCAGUGGCAUGUGUUGCUCUACUCUGCUGUGCAGAGGCCUGUCUCCCUUCGCUUUGGCAGCCACCAGCAGCAUCGUUAUUAUGCAUGCGCAGCAGCGCAUUGGGAGAAUUAACAGAGGUUGAGCCUUCUCGAACAACGACCUGUUCGUUUUUCAGUGUUCAUAUUUAUGGAUAGCUUUAUCUGGUCAUAUUUAGCCAUUUCCCAGAGCCAAAUUAUUUGCCUUUUACUCUUUUUUUUUUUUUUUUUGCUCGGUAACACGAGAACCCUAGGUCGUAUGAUUGCCAGUGCCAUCGAAGCUGCUUUCUUGCUGACCUAGCGUUCCCGGCAUUUUGCCUGUACAAGUGUACAUACUAGCAUAGUGAUGUAAUUAUACUGUACAUACGAAUAUAGUGAUGUAAUCGUUGUUGUCUUGUCCAGAUGUCCUGUAGAACUUUAUCUCAAUGUACAUAGGCCCUCAGUACCCCCGUGCCCCUAUCAGUGAUGUCGGACAUCUUUUUUAAAGGCUUGUAUGUUCCUUUCUUAUCAGCAUGGCGAGUAUCUAGAUUUGUAUCCUCACCAUUUUCUCAUCAUUUUGUGGCGAGCACUCCUUUUUUGGCACUCCUUUUACUGCAUCGACCUGCUAUUGUAGCCUUUGCAGUCACUUUGUAGGAAACUUUAGAAUCUCAAACUGAAGUUGCCUGCACUACAUCCCUUG